AUGAGGUUAAACACGAUUCACGAGGUAGAGGAACAUUUACAGUACAUUUCUUUCACAGCCUGGUUCGAUGUUAAGUGGACUGACGACUAUCUAAUUUGGAAUGAAACCAGUUACUCCGAAAUGACAUCUAUCACCGUGCCAGAACAAAAAGUUUGGGUUCCGGAUUUAUAUCUGUAUUACUCAGACGAAAAAAUUAACGCACUUGGAUCUCCUACUAUUAUAUCAGUGACGUCAAACGGUCACAUGACUUGGAUUCCAGGCGGGAAAUUCAAAAUCUCAUGUUAUCUUAAGAUGAAAAAAUUUCCAUUUGACAACCAGACCUGUUUAUUGACUCUAUCCGCUUGGAUAACCUCGGACUCUUCUCAGAAGCUAACUCCAGUACAACCAUCAACUGAUGAAAGUUUUAUUACACAAAAUGGAGAAUGGGAUAUUACAAGUUUUACACACCGUGUGUUGUAUCUGUCCGAGUAUGAAAUGACAGUAUUACAAUACGAACUUCACCUCAAAAGACGGUAUCUUUAUUUUGUAUUUAGUACCCUUGUACCCAUAUUGGCACUCUCAUUAAUGAAUUCUUUGACAUUUCUUAUUCCUUUAGAAUCAGGGGAGAGAAUUCAGUAUUCUCUGACCCUCUUACUAGCCUUUACCGUCUUUCUGACAUUAUUUGAACAAACAAUGCCCCAGAGUUCCGUGGAUAUACCUUAUCUCACCCUGUACGUUGAUUUCCAGUUGUGUUUUAGCGUCAUGUCAACAGUAAUCUCAGUUAUUUCUAGGUUAAAAACAAGCAGAAAUGAUAAUAAAGAAAGUAAUUAUAAGAAUAGAUCUCGUACAUGUACCAGUCAGUGUGGGUGUCGAACCAAGGAUCGCAAUCAAAAUAAAACAUCUGAAAGCGAUGGAAGAGAACAG